CCUUGGCAGAUUUGCUCAGAUCCUGCAGUGAGUGCUGGUUUUCUUCCCGGGAAGGAGCAGGUUCUUGAACAUGGGGAUUGCUACACCUCUGUUGGGGCCCUUAUUUCUGUCUAAAAGAAUCUACUUGGUGACCGUCUUGGCUUUUCUUAUAUUGGUUCAUACCUGUAGAAUGGGUACAGCUCUUGAUUCUAAGCCAAAUAUCAUUCUGAUGUUGGCUGAUGAUCUUGGAAUUGGAGAUAUAGGCUGUUAUGGUAACACUACUAUCAAGACCCCUAACAUUGACCAACUAGCUAAGGAAGGAGUGAAACUUACUCAGCAUAUUGCAGCAGCCUCACUUUGUACCCCAAGUAGAGCGGCUUUACUGACUGGCAGAUACCCCAUCAGAUCAGGCAUGGCUUCAAGAAAUGCCUAUCGAGUUUUGAUGUGGAAUGCUGGCUCAGGAGGACUUCCAGUCAAUGAGACAACUUUUGCCAAGAUGCUACAACAGCAAGGCUAUGCCACAGGCCUUAUAGGGAAAUGGCAUCAAGGUGUAAACUGUGAUAGUAUCAAUGAUUAUUGCCACCAUCCUUUGAAUCAUGGCUUUGAUUAUUUUUAUGGCAUGCCUUUCACACUUUUCAACAAUUGCCAAGAUAACAAACCUCCAGAACUGGAUAGAGACUUUCAAGCUAAACUAUGGUUCUAUACACAAGUCAUUACUUUUGCAGUACUCACAUUUCUUAUUGGAAAAAUUACUGGGUUGGUGUCCAUUCCUUGGAAAGUGGUUCUCUUCCUUGCUUUGUUUAAUUUCCUAUUUUUUGCUUCAUGGUACUCCUGUUAUGGCUUUGUGAAAUACUGGAACUGUAUCUUGAUGCGCAACUAUAACAUCACUGAACAACCUAUGAAAUUGGAAAGAACAACUUUUGUUUUACUAAAUGAAGCACUUUCUUUUAUUCAAAGCAAGAAACACAAGCCAUUUCUCCUGUUCGUUUCAUUUCUGCAUGUCCAUACACCUCUGUUUACAACUGAAAAAUUUGUUGGAACGAGCAAACAUGGUACAUAUGGAGACUAUGUAGAAGAACUGGACUGGUUAGUAGGUCAGAUUCUUAAUGCUAUUGACAAGGAAGGCUUGCGAAAUAGCACCUUUGUCUACUUUGCUUCAGACCAUGGAGGACACCUGGAAGGUCAAGAAGGAACAAUACAGGUUGGGGGUUGGAAUGGCAUCUACAAAGGGGGCAAAGGCAUGGGAGGCUGGGAAGGAGGUAUCCGUGUUCCAGGCAUAGUUCGAUGGCCAGGAAUGUUGCCAGCAAAUAUUGUUCUUGAUGAGCCAACAAGCCUCAUGGAUAUUUUUCCUACAGUGAUUCAUUUGGCUGGAAAAGAUGUGCCCCAGGACAGAAUAAUUGAUGGAAGAAAUCUUCUACCUUUAUUGCAACAAAAAGUCAAACACUCGGAACAUGAAUUCCUGUUUCAUUACUGUGGAAGUUAUUUACAUGCAGUGCGGUGGCAUCAAAAAGACAGUGGUGCUUUAUGGAAGGCUCAUUAUGUGACACCAAUAUUUUCCACUGAAGAUGCAGGGGGUUGUUAUGGAAAAGGAAUCUGUCCAUGUUCUGGAGAAGGUAUCAUCCAUCAUGUUCCUCCAUUGCUGUUUGAUCUCUCAAGAGAUCCAUCAGAGGCCAAGCCUUUAUCAGAGACCACUGAACCACUCUUUCAGGAAAUUCUUAAAAAAAUAGAUGAGGCUGUGGAGAAGCAUCACAGAACGCUUACUCCUGUCCCACAACAGCUCUCUUACUACAAUAUCAUUUGGAAACCAUGGCUCCAGCCAUGCUGUGGGAUAUUUCCAUUUUGUUGGUGCAACAAGGAAGCAAAUUAUUUGAGGAAAAAAAGACUAGCAAUGAUAAGCCUUUCGUUUUAGAAGCUGAACUGAACUUGAAUUCAGAUGGGCAGAAGUGAAUGAGGUGAACUGGGUAGCUCUGCUUGAACCAGUAGAAGCAAGAAAACAUUUUUAGACAAAAUAUGGAAAGAAUUCUAAAUAACUGCAUAUUGGUUGCUUUACAAAUGAGUACUGUGUUUCCCUGAAAAUUCAAGCAUUCCCACCAUGGACUUUGAACACUGCUAUUCAAGGCCUCCGGUCAAUUUUUAACAAUGAUGUUAAACCCUGAGAUGUGCUGUUAUUUGUAUAUCUUCUUUGCUCUCUAGUGAAGAAUGUCUAGCCAACUGAGCCACAGGGUUGUCAGGUAAGAAACAUGAUUUUAACAUGGUUCUGGGGUAGUUCAUUGUGAUUGUAUCAAAUGUGUUGCAGCAUUGUGAACUAGGCUGGCACUUUUUCUACAUGUGUCAUGGCUUGCUCAAGGUGGCAUGAGUCUCCAACCCUGCUUUCUCAACAUGAGACUGUGUGAACAGUGCUUAUGCUGGGUAGUUUUUAAAAUAGAACAGUUUCAAUCUCAGAAGAUCUCAACACAAUAAGGUCUAAACACAUUGAGAUUGUUGACUGAAAAGGUACUUGUAAUUUCUCUAACAUGGGACCUACAUCUACAUACCAACCUAUCAUCCCCUCCUUUUCCUUUUGUUCUUCACUGGACCCCAAUUUAAGUUCUCCAUCAGUGUAGCCACUCUGAACAUCUGAUUAAAUGACCUGCAGACCACAAAGGCCUUUGAAUAAAACAUGUCAGG